AACAUUCCCAGUGACGUUGGAGAGUGGUCCCCACUUAUUGACGUCAGCAGCAGCGUUUGUUUCUUUAGCAAAACCCUACCGCUUUCCCUACAUCCGGGAAUAUCGCAAAUAGCCAAUCGAAGGCGAAGAGGUGUGUUGAUCGUUGUGAUUGGUCGCUUGGUGAACAGGCGCACUGCUUUACAAGGGGGGGAAAAUAAAUACUAAUUGAGAGUCCGUAAUGGCGGCGACGUUAAAGAGGUUACGCGGAACAGAAGUGGAACGAGUUCGGCCUGAACCGGAGCCUCCCCCACCGUUGUGGGGCAUGGCACCAUUUAGGUGUGCCCAGCACCGCAGCAGCGGGCAGAGCGCGGUUCAGGGCGGCUCCCAGGAACAGCCUCCUUAUCCCGGGUAUGCCCCCAAUUACUGGAAUUCAUCUCCAAGAGCUUCCUAUUCAAAUCCAUAUCCUGUUGGAUCAGAGCUUCAAGGCCAGGGAAUUGAUUCUUCCUACACAAAUGGUGCCUAUGGACCUUCAUAUCCAGCUCCUGGGGCAGGGCCGCCAUACCCAAGUCUCCCACAGUCAAACACAUACUAUUCUUCAGAGCGCUCUCCUGCCACUUACUCUACAGACACUUCUAGCAUAUAUAGAACUCCAUCAUUGGCAUCAAACUGGAAUUACCCUCCUCCAGACUGUCCAGCUGAAGGUUCCAUGGUGAGGAGGCAGGUAGCAGGUUACUCCCCUCUACAAGGCCCAGCUUUUCCGCUCCCACCCUAUCCCUAUGGAGAUUGCAAUCCUAACAUUCCACAGCAGAGGCCACCUCCUCCUCAACCAGGACUUCAAGAUGCCACUUGGCAAACACCUGGCACUUAUGGAAUGCAGCCUCCCUAUGGUUGGCCCCCUCCCCCAGCGGGGCAAGGGAAUCCGUAUGUUGCAGAAUCUUGGCCUAGCAGUGAUGCGUCUACUCUACACCCCCCAAAUAACAAUCCUAAGGACUCUUUUAGCCAAAUGGAUCAAGGAAUUAACCAACAUGGUUAUCUUCCUGAAGCCAAUAAUUUGCCUUCUGGGACCACGAAUGACUACAAUCCAACACAGCUUGAUGUUAAGCCAUCUGCUUCCAACCCCAAAGUGCAGUAUAGUGCACAGCCCCAGCUGUAUGAUAAUGUGCAUAAGAAACCAUCUGUGAUUAACAGUGGAUCAGCUUCUAAAAUAAACAUACAGCCUCCAACUAAUGUGCUGCCUGGAAUACAGAAGAUCGCACAAGUUAUGGAGGGAAUUGAACUGUUGGAAGAAGAAGUGGAUGAAUUUGUAGGUAAAAAGACAGAUAAGGACUACUGGUUGCUGGAAGAAAUGCUGACCAAGAAGUUGUUGGAACUGGACUCAGUAGAUACAGGUGGUCAGGACAAUGUGCGCCAGGCAAGGAAAGAGGCAGUUCAUAGAAUCCAAGCUGUACUGGAAGAGCUGGAAAGGAAGGGUCUUUAAUGUGAAUGACAGUGUUAAAAUCCAGUCCUGAAAUUAUUACAGGUCUCUGGCUUUUCUCUUGACCUCCAAAGCAAUAAGUGGGGAUGUGCAUUUUGACUUUAGGAAAUCAAGCAUGGUAAGUUUGAUCUGAUUUAACAAAUGGGUCAGAUCUAGAAUCUAGUUUAGUAUGGUGGUUAUCCCAUUCAAUGAGUAAGAAGGGAUGAAAUGCUGACCCUUGUUGUUUUAAGGGUUUCAUUGCAUAGUUUUACCAGCUACAAGAGAGAAAUGAUUUGGCGAAAAGAGAUUGGGAUUUACAUCUCAGAAAAUCUCCUGGACCAUCAAGGAUUUCAGCAAGUUACUUGUCAUAUUUGAAAGGUAGAAAAAAAUCUUUUAAGUUGCAAUGCAGCACCAGUAAAGCCAUGACUUUGGGCUCUUUAGCUAAUUUUUCCUGUACAUUAUUUAUAGAUUCUUCCUGAUCAUCAUGUAAAUUGUGUAAUAUCUUUUGGGAUAUAAUAUGUUCAAGUGCAACCAUGCUGAUAAGCCAUGUGUAUCACUAAGGCAACCAAACAGGCAUUUUUCAUGUUAUUUCUCCCUCAUCUCUUAUGCAAAUAUCCACAUUUUUUUAAAAAAAUGGGAUAAGAAAAAGGAACCUAGAAGAUGCUUGAAUUGCUGGCACUUUUAACUAAUAAACUGAUUCUGAGGAUUUGGAUCAGGAGAAUUUGGUGAUAAAUACUUAGUUGUGACAUAGACUUUAUGUAUUACAGUUGCUUAUAUUCUGGUUUAAUCUGCUACAGCUGAUUUGAAAUGUAUCAUCAGCUCUUCACAGUGUGUCCCUGAUUCAAAAAGGCAAGAAAUACAUCUUUUAAUGUUUUAAAAAACAGUUAUUUAUUGUAAGAGGUUUUUUUUUUAAAGAACACUGUGUCAAAUAGCUAAAAUAAUAAAAUAAAUGUUAGAAGUGUUCUAGUAAGAACUUCGUACAAUACAUAAAAGACUUGUAUACCACUUUGGAAGUCUUUCUGGUUGAAAAGCAGGGUAUAACUGCUUUAAAAGAAAAUUGUACAUAAUGAUACAGAAAAUAUAUCUUAAAUAUGGUAUUGUAGUUCCUGGUUUCUUGUACCCCAGUGCUCUGAAUAUCAGCAGCAAGAAAAAUACGUGAUUUGGCUGUAACAUUAGCUAUUGACUUUCCUUCCUUAAAUUUUAAAAGCCUAGUUGAUACUGUUUGUUGCAAUGAACUCAAACUCCCAACUGUUAUAUUAGCUGGUAGGUUUUUUUUAAUAUUGCAUGGCCUUUUUCUGCUGUAAAUCUGAAGUGUUUAUAAACUUUAUAAAAUCAGGAUGGGAAUAUGCUAUAAAGAUAAUAUUCAGCAACGAAUAAAAGAACAGAUCAGCCAAAUUAAAAAGAUCUGUGCAACAAUUCUAUUGUGAAAGUAUCAGAUAAGAAAACCACAAGAAUAUGCAGUUUUCUCCAUGGUAGGAAAGAAACUUUCACGGAAAAGCCAUGUUCAGUUUUCAUAUUUUUACUUGUUUUAAAGAGUCAGUAGUACUGUUUUAUAUGGAAAGCCUUUUUAUUGCAUAAGGAGAACAAAAAACAUAUCUCACUUAAUUUGUGUGAUGGUUGUAGUUAGGUUUGUUCUUGUUCUCAACUUAUCCAAAGAAAUUCCUGUUAAAUUUUGUUCUGUAAUUAUUUGAAU